GCCAAUGGGAGGCGCGGGGGGGCGGGGCCUGCGCUGUGCUGGAAUGCGGCGGCGGCGGCGGCCCAGGUGCUGAGCGGAGGCUCCCCCCGCCGGGGAAGCGGCGGCCCCGCGGCCAUGUCCACCUUCCGGCAGGAGAGCGUGGAGGAGUUCUACGAGAUGGGCGGAGAGCUCGGCAGCGGCCAGUUUGCCAUCGUGCGGAAGUGUCGGGAGAGGAAAACGGGCCUGGAGUACGCGGCCAAAUUCAUCAAGAAGCGGCGGCUCUCAUCCAGCCGGCGCGGCGUGAGCCGGGAGGAGAUCGAGAGGGAGGUGGACAUCCUGCGGGAGAUCCAGCACCCCAACAUCAUCACGCUGCACGACAUCUUUGAGAACAAAACGGACGUGGUGCUGAUCCUGGAGCUGGUCUCGGGGGGCGAGCUCUUUGACUUCCUGGCCGAGAAGGAGUCCCUGACGGAGGAGGAGGCCACCCAGUUCCUCAAGCAGAUCCUGGACGGGGUGCACUACCUGCACUCCAAGCGCAUCGCCCAUUUUGACUUGAAGGUGAGGCCUGGCACGCGUGAGUACCUCGUGUCCGGCAUUGGGGGGUGGGUGGUAAAUGUCGCACCUCUCCCUCUGCAGCCGGAGAACAUCAUGCUGCUGGACAAGAACGUGCCAAACCCUCGCAUCAAACUCAUCGACUUCGGGAUCGCCCACAAGAUCGAAGCUGGGAACGAGUUCAAGAACAUCUUUGGGACCCCAGAGUUUGUGGCUCCGGAAAUUGUGAACUACGAACCCCUGGGGCUGGAGGCGGACAUGUGGAGCAUUGGUGUCAUCACGUACAUCCUGUUGAGCGGGGCCUCUCCCUUCCUGGGGGAGACGAAGCAAGAGACCUUGACCAACAUAUCGGCUGUGAACUACGACUUCGACGAGGAGUAUUUCAGCAACACCAGCGAGCUGGCCAAGGACUUCAUCCGACGCCUGCUUGUCAAGGACCCCAAGAAGCGGAUGACGAUAGCUCAAAGCCUGGAGCACCCAUGGAUUAAGGUGAUCAAGAGGAGGAACGUCCGCAAUGAGGACAACGGCAAGAAGCCCGAGCGCCGCCGGCUGAAGACGACGCGCCUGAAGGAGUACACCAUCAAAUCGCACUCCAGCAUGCCGCCCAACAACACGUACAUCAACUUCGAGCGCUUCUCCAAGGUCAUGGAGGAGGUGGCUGCGGCCGAGGAGAGCCUCCGAGAGCUGGAGAGGAACAAGAAGUCCUUCCAGGAGGACAUCGAGGCUCUGCUGUCCAUCUACGAGGAGAAGGAGUCGUGGUACAAGGAGGAGAACGAGAGCAUCAGCCAGGACCUCCGCCAGAUCCGGCAGGAGCUGCAGAAGACGGAGGCGCUGAAGAAGCAGACACAAGAGGAGACCAAGAGCGUGCUGCAGGCGGCCAACGGCCUCAAGAGGCGCUACCGAAAGCUGGAGAACCACUACGAGGCGCUGGCCAAGCAGGUGGCCUCGGAGAUGAAGUUCGUGCAGGAGCUGGUGUGGUCCAUCGAGCGCGAGAAGCUGCAGAGCGGCGAGGGGGACGGCAGCAUCCGCUAGCCCGCCCCGGUGCUGGUGGGUCGAGGGGAGCCCCCGGGGCCCGCAGGGAGGGCCGCUGCCCCCCGCAGCCGAGCUUUGCUUGUUUGCCCGGAGCAGUAGCAGAUUGCAGCAGCUUUUAGUGUAGGAGCGAGGCUCCUGGGGGAGCACGGGUCCGGUGAGCGGCGCUGCCUCUCAGCCUCACUGCCCCCGGGGGGGUUGGCAUCCAUCCGUCGUCCCCACGCAGGAGGCGGCGCUGAAGGAACCUCGGUGGUUCUGCCCCUUGCUCGCCAAAGGGGCCGAUCCAGCAAGAGGCCUUCAGUAGCUGUCCCUGAUGUCUCUCAGCUUCAAUUUUUUCCCCCCUUUUUACCACCAUCUGCCCAGACCCGGGUCUGUUCCUGCUCGGACGUCAGGCGGCAAUGGGGGACUUGUGGGACCAUAGCAAAGGGAUCCCGAGCGGGCUCUGACUGCUGGGCUCAGGGGUGGCAUGCGGGCAGCUUGCACGUCCCGGGAGACCUCUGCCCCGGGGGGGCUCGAGGCUCCCGGCUUGUACUCGCCUGGCUUUUGGCUUUCUGUGUGCGGCUCUCGCUUCGCUCGCCGUCUGCAUGCUCCCCAUGCUUGAGCUGGGUGCUCCCCCGGCUGCGUUGCCACUGGAGCUGGGGACCACUCCUCUCCUCCGCACCCCUGGGAUGCCCUGGGGUCCAGCCUGUGUCUUCUCGGAGCCCCAAGCCCUCGGGGCUCCUUCUCUCCGUGCCUCCAGAGGCUGCUGUUGCCUCUUUGCUUCGCUUUCCUGGGUGCUGGGCACCAGAUCGGCCCGUGGAGGUGGCGAGCUCCUCACGGGGCCUUUGGCCACGGGGCUGUGCUCCCCUCCGGCACCGAGCUCGUCCUUGUCCCCGUCCUCCCCUCGGUCCCUCGGGAGCUGUGGCAUUGUCCCCUGGCUCGUGGGGUCUUUUUGGGGUGGCGUCAGAGCUCUCUCAGCAGCUCGUCCUUCGCAACUCCCAUCCACUGGUGCUUGCUCUUCCUCCCUGGGGUCUCUGGCUCUGUCCUCAGCGCUCAGAGGCUCGUGCUUUGUCCAAGUGCGGGGGGAAUUGGCCGACCUCUGCUUGGGUCGGUUGCUUCCCCCCUUUCUUGUGCCUUUUCCCAAGACCUCUGUGGCCUGGGCUGGCCUGCGCGGGCCCCCGAGUUGCCAGGAAGGUUCCUGGCUCCACGUGGCCUUCUCGCGUGUUCCUUUGCUCCCGGCAGCGUCUGGUGUGACCCUCACCCCGGGGCUGCAGUGCUGGGAGGGAAAAACAUCAGAAAAGUGGCUUCUCCCAGAUUUUGUUCCCAUUCAUCACUGCUCCUCGGUGGGAGGCAGGACCUGGGCUGCUUGCAGCUCACUCGGCUUUUGAAUCCGGACACAGGACAGCACCCUCCGUCCCCUUUUAACAAAAUAAAGAUUUCUGUACCCUG